AGCUUCAGAAUCGCCGUGCUAGACGGCUGGCUACUCGUCAUCACCGGUCCAAUGCUCAUCGACGCACUCCGCCACAGCCCAAACGACAGGCUCUCCUUCACAGCCGGCAUCACGCAGGUAAGUCUCAUGUCUAUAUACGGGCGUCGUCAUUGCGUCGCAUGUGUCGGGUCCAGUAUGAUAUGA